AUGAAAGUCCAACGCCUCUCGCCAUUUGUUCUUUUCCUCCUCCCCGCGCUAUCGGCAGCGUUUGCAGACCUCACUCCGAAUAGCAAUGCCCCUGGACACCGCGCCGCGUAUGACAGUGAUUCCGUGCCCCCAGACUUCGAUGAUUACGCUCCGGUCCGCGCGAACCCCAAGGUCGCGCCAAAAGGAACGCAAGAUGCCCCGGUUGAUGGCAGGGAUGGUCGACCUCACGCUGGCCCGUGGGUAGAGACAAGCGCGGAACGGGAUCGCAAGAAGGCAGGCUCGGUCGUGCCUUCGGAUGCCCCCUCCGAUCCACAAGUUGCUCAGCAUUUGGGUCCAGAUGGAAAUCCGAUCCCCUAUUCGAAUGACGGAGUGAUGGACGAUCCGAACCGGACGGGUCCGAAAGAAGGCACUCGAGGUACCGAGGGCGGAGUGUCGGAGAAAUUGAAGGAUACUUAUACCUCAGAGAAGACUCCUGAUGCCCCCAAAGAAGCUCCUCCUGUGCCUCAUAGUGAGAAGCCAAAAACCCCUUCCCAGGACAGCACGGAUGAGUAUUCCAAGGGACCUAGCGAUUCCACCCUGGGGAAGCUGGAGAAACCCGCAGACUUGCCCGAUAAGCCGCACGACAUCCCGCACCCCAAAUCCCCUGCCCCCGUGAGCGAAGAUCCCCUUGGUUUCGAGACACCCGGCAGCUCUGCCGCUGCCACUCCUGGCGCGGUCGGAUCGGGAGAGUCGGAGAGCGACCCGUUGCACUCUCUUCUCUUCUCCUUCACCAUGAUCAUCGUCUCAGAAAUUGGCGAUAAGACAUUCCUGGUCGCUGCCCUUAUGGCGAUGCGCCAUCCGCGCCUUCUCGUCUUCUCCGCUGCCUUUGCCGCAUUGAUUGGCAUGACCGUACUCUCGGCUGUCCUGGGACACGCCGUGCCGACACUUAUCCCCAAGUCGUUCACCAAGAUUCUCGCUGCUGUUCUCUUCUUCGUUUUCGGUUUGAAAAUGCUAAAGGAGGGUCGCGAGAUGUCACCUGACGAGGGUGUUGGCGAGGAAAUGAAGGAGGUCGAAAUGGAGCUGGAAGAAAAGGAGCAAGAGCAGAUGCGGAUGAACCGCCGUCGCUCCUCCGUCACCCCUCACUCUCUUGAAGCUGGCCGUGCCGGAGGACGUCGCAAGUCUCGAUCGUCUGGCAACCGUCUCCCUUCUCCUCCCGAGAGCCUUUCGUCUUCUUCCUCCCGCGAGUCGUCCCCCGCGCCCGGUCGCCGGCUUAACGACGUCCUGGUCGGAAUGAACAAUCUUUUCUCUCUUCUUCUCAGCCCUGCCUGGGUUCAGACUUUCGCUAUGACUUUCCUUGGAGAAUGGGGCGACCGCAGCCAGAUCGCCACCAUCGCCAUGGCUGCCGGUCAAGACUACUGGUGGGUGACCGUCGGCGCGAUCACUGGACAUGGCAUCUGCACCGCUGCGGCGGUCAUUGGCGGCAGUGCCAUCGCUGGCCGGGUCAGCAUGCGCGUUGUAACACUUGGCGGCGCUACGGCCUUCCUUGUAUUUGGAGCCAUCUAUCUGCUCGAGUCCCUGUAUUAG